CAUCAUUUUAAAGAGCAGUGUUUUACACACACACACAUACAGUGUAAGGACAAACAGAUAAAGCAACUCCAAGGCUGGAACUCAGAGCAGGGUGACGAUGUUCAACAGCUACACAGACUCAUUACAGUCCGAUUACUCUUUAGAUGAAACAUCCUCACAGAGCUCCAGUCUGUCACGACCCAGCGCUAAAGCCAUCUACAUGCGCAGGAAAGAAUAUGCCGAGUCCAUCAACAAACAACUGGCCAAGUUUCAGUACAGAGUAGAGCACCUGUUCACCUGUGAGCUGGAUGGUGUGGAAGUCUCAGGACUGCAGGACUGUGUGGAGCGUCUGAAACUGUUGGAGACGAUGGGACGAGUUUGGGGACAGGAAAUGAGCCUGGAGGUGGACAAUGGGAAUUUACUGCUGAGAGAUACUGAGACACAGGAGGAGUUGGACUGUGUUCCUCUGCACAGUGUGUCAGAGGUGACAGUGAUGUUGGACACGUGUGUGUUUAAUUCUCUGCUGAUGAUCUCGGUGUGUGAGGGACGUGUCGUCAGUGUCUUCAUGUUCCAGUGUGACUCUCUGAGAGCUGAUUAUAUAAAGCGAGAUCUGGACCGAGCGUUAGAAAACUACAGCAACAACAACGCUAACAACGACAGGGGAAAAAACAGGACUCAGAUGAUGAAAAACAACAGAAACACACAUACCCCUCCAGAACAGAAAGAAUGGAUUCACCCAUACUCCCCCUCCAAUGAAUGGACUGUUCCAGAUUAUGAUCAGUAUCCGCCUCCAACUCCAACUCCACCUGAUGGCAGAGAAGAGCCAGUCUACAACAGAACAGAACACAUGACUCCGCCCCCUCACUCAGAGGACACAGCAAUACACCACACCCCUUCUCCUGCCCCUAGCACUGCCCCUUACACAGAGAGAGACAGGAACAUGGACAUCCUGAAUCACCUGAUUAAUGACAUUGAGCAGUUUGUGGCUCUCCUUCUCGCUGCAGCUCCCAAAACUGACAAGAAGAAAAAAAAGAAAAAGAAAAAUCAGAAAGGAUUGCCCUCAGAGAAGGAGUUUAAAAUUUGCCUGCAGAAAAUUAAAAUGGCCUUCAAUAUGUUGGCAGCAAUAAAUGGUCAGAUUCAGUCCCCCAGUGCUCCAGAACUUGUACACUGUCUCUUCUCCACACUGGAAGUGGUUGUAACUUGGUGUGUAGAUGAUCUCCCUGCGUGUGUAGUUGCACCGCUGUUGGAGCCGGAGUGUGUUCGCUUUCUGAGUGAGGAGGCAACGCAGGAGGAGGACCAGCUGUGGCAGUCGCUAGGAGAUGCCUGGAACAUCCCCAGGACUCAGUGGCCAGAGGAGGAUGAUGAGAUUCCAACCUUCACUCCAGUGUUUGAUGAUGGUUGGGAGCCACCAGAGAUCACAUACACUGAGAGGAAAGCGCUAAACCAUCAGGAGAGCCAGCAGUCCACUGCGGGACAGAGCAUUCAGUCUUCUAAGACAGCACCCAUGAGCUCUGAGGGCAUGCCAUUGAGCUGUAUGUGUGUGCUGUAUGACUUCAGAGCGAGAAACGACAGAGAGCUCAGUGUGAGAAAGGGUGAGAAGGUGGAGAUUUUGGACAUGUCUAAGCGAUGGUGGAAAGUGAGGAAUGAUCAUGGUGAAGAGGGAUUCAUUCCAAAUAAUGUCCUGAAGUCCAGUGAGAAUGAAGGUCCACAGGGGGCGGAUCCUAACCCAGUCCUGAACAGGAAGUCUCGGCCAGAGGAAGUGAAGGCCUGGCUAGAGCACAAAGAGUUUAGUAACAUUACUGUGCGCUGUCUCGGGGGUCUCAGUGGUGGGAUGUUGUUGGGGAUGACGUUAGAGGAGCUGAAGGUUGUUUGUCCAGAGGAAGGAAGACGAGUGUAUUACCAACUACAGAACAUCAAAUCUGCAUUAGCUCUUGCUAAAGAAGUAAGGCUGCUGAACUGAGAGAUGACACGGAGAGAAAUGAGAUACUACAACGAACACACACACACACAGACACACACACUGUCUUGUGUACAGUUAGUAGUAGAGGUGUGUGGAAGUUGUACAGAUCACAUGCACAGCUCCAGACUCUCAGCACUCGUAUAAACCCCAGUGUCUUCUCCUCUGUGUGUAAAUACAUCACUUUAACAUGAUUAAAAUCACAAUCAAUAAAUAAAUAAAUAAAUAAAUGAAUAAAUGAAUAAAUGAAUAAAUGAAUAAAUGAAUGA